AGACGAAGAAGGUCAACGUGGAAUCGUUUCCGGGUUAGCUAAGGGUCACAUACGGGGGGAAAAGACUUAAAAAUGUUACUUCGUAGGGUGUUGCACAUCGGAGGGUUGACAGUGAAACACUGCAGGUCCAUUCACCACAGUCCUGUAUGGAAGAGUCCUCUUAUACCUAUAGUGGUGGAGCAGACGGGGAGAGGAGAACGAGCGUACGACAUCUAUUCUCGCCUGCUGAGGGAGAGAAUCAUCUGCGUCAUGGGUCCUAUCGAUGAUUCUGUGGCCAGUCUGGUCAUCGCCCAGCUGCUCUUCCUACAGUCGGAGAGCAACAACAAACCCAUCCACAUGUACAUCAACAGUCCUGGUGGUGUCGUGACAGCAGGUUUGGCCAUUUACGACACCAUGCAGUACAUCCUCAAUCCCAUCUCCACCUGGUGUGUCGGUCAGGCAGCCAGCAUGGGCAGCCUUCUCCUGGCAGCAGGGACGUCAGGGAUGAGGCACUCGCUGCCUAAUGCCCGCAUCAUGAUCCACCAGCCUUCAGGAGGAGCCAGAGGUCAGGCCACAGAUAUCGCAAUCCAGGCCGAGGAGAUCAUGAAACUGAAGAAACAGAUCAACAACCUCUACGCCAAACACACGGGGCAGCAGCUGGAGACCAUCGAGGGUGUGAUGGAGAGGGAUCGCUACCUGAGUCCCAUGGAGGCGCAAGACUUUGGACUCAUAGACCGGGUCCUGGUCCACCCGCCUCAGGCCGGCCAGGAUGAACCCGAGCUGGUACAGAAAGAGCCAACAACAACAGCAGCAGCAGCAGCUCCAACUCCAACCCCACAGUCUCCAGGACCUGAGGGGGCGCCGAUGGGCACGAGCCCAAUCUCCUCCCACAAACCUGAGCCAUGAAACCUCCACAGCAGAGCUGGUCCCAGUUCUGCGAGCAUCUCCUCAGGACCAACCUCCCUGCUGGUUUCCUCUCGUCUUAACAAGCUUUUCCUCUCCCCUACUCUAUCAACACUCACUAAGUUUCAACAAAACAACUUUAGCUGGGCGCUAGUUCAGCCAUGUUUGUACUGGAACCUGCACAGAGCACCAAGGGUCCAGUUGAACACACACACACACACACACACACACACGCAGAAGCAGACUCUCACUCACAUCGUCUGGAUAUUCAAUCAUUUACCGACUGUGUGGUCUACACAUGAGUAGACGCCAUGUUGGUCUCAUGCACAGUGAAUUCAUCACUGGCCAACAUUUUGUUUUAGAUCACGUGAUGUAACCUGCUGUCUAUGAAAUGCGUUACAUGUAGUUACUGUGACACAAAGUUGUUUAUUAAUCAACUCUGUGCAGAUUUUCUUUUUGGGAGGGGGGUGAUGAGCUUGUUUUGACAUCUUGUUGUGUUCCUCCUCUGUGUUGGAGAGGAGGGCAGACGGCCUGCUAUUGUCUGUAUUUGAAUAUACACAUUUGUAAUAAAAAAAAUAGUUUUGACCUUAA